CUCUACUGACAUGACACCACUUUUCCACCGCACAGACAGAAAUGAUGGCUCUUUUACCUACUUUGGGCCGUGCUUCGGCUGCGAUUUCCAAGACAGGGCAUUUGCACAGUCUGACGAGGCGGACAGCGCCCUCUCUUGUUGGCCAGAGGCGAUAUUACUCGGAGGGGGCCGAGGAGCAGGAUGUGGUCGUGAUUGGGUCAGGACCUGGUGGGUAUGUUGCUGCCAUUAAAGCUGCCCAGCUUGGCAUGAAGACGGUGUGUAUUGAGAAGAACCCUACCCUGGGAGGAACCUGUCUCAACGUGGGCUGCAUCCCCUCCAAGGCACUGCUCAACAACUCCCACUACUAUCACUUGGCCAAGUCCAAUGACUUCAAGAACAGAGGCAUAGACAUUGGUGACCUGCAGCUGAACCUACCCAAGAUGAUGGAGCAGAAAUCUGGAGCAGUCAAGGCCCUGACUAACGGCAUUGCACACCUCUUCAAACAGAACAAGGUAACAAGACUCGAGGGCCACGGUAAGAUUACCACCCCCAACGAAGUGGCUGUACUGCACCCAGACGGAAAGGUCAAAGAGGUCAUCAAGACAAAGAACAUCCUCAUAGCAACCGGGUCAGAGGUCAUGCCAUUUCCUGGAAUAGAGGUAGAUGAAAAGACAGUUGUAUCAUCCACCGGUGCACUGUCAUUAGAGAAGGUUCCUGAACACAUGGUGCUUAUAGGGGCCGGGGUCAUCGGACUGGAACUGGGAUCUGUAUGGCAGAGGCUAGGGGCCAAAGUCACAGCGGUAGAAUUCCUUGGACAUGUGGGUGGCCUGGGAAUCGACAUGGAGAUAUCGAAGAAUUUCCAGAGGACCCUGAAGAAGCAAGGCAUGAGCUUCAAGAUGAACACCAAGGUGACGGGUGCCACCAAGACGGAUGCGGGCAUCACGGUCACCGUGGAGUCUGUCUCCGAUCCCAGCAAGAAGGAGGAGCUAGAGUGUGACUCACUACUGGUCUGCAUCGGUCGACGGCCGUAUACCCAGAACCUGGGACUAGAGGAUGUUGGUAUUGAACUGGAUGAGAGAGGCAGGGUACCAGUCAAUGACAGGUUUGCCAGUAAAGUGCCCAGCAUCUUUGCCAUCGGUGACUGCAUCCACGGACCCAUGCUGGCCCACAAGGCUGAAGACGAGGGCAUCAUCUGCAUAGAAGGUAUCGCUGGGGGCGCUGUUCACAUUGACUACAACUGCGUACCGUCGGUGGUCUACACGCACCCGGAGGUGGCCUGGGUGGGCAAGACGGAGGAGCAGCUGAAGGAGGAAGGCGUGGCUUACAAAGUGGGCAAGUUCCCCUUCGCUGCAAACAGCAGAGCUAAAACCAACGCUGACACUGAUGGACUAGUCAAGAUCCUGAGCGAUGCAACCACAGAUAGAAUGCUUGGAGCUCACAUCAUGGGCCCCAACGCUGGAGAACUUAUCAAUGAAGCAGCAUUGGCCAUGGAAUAUGGAGCAUCAUGUGAAGAUGUAGCUAGGGUCUGCCAUGCCCAUCCGACGGUUUCGGAGGCUUUCAGAGAGGCUAACAUGGCGGCGUACAUCGGCAAGGCAAUCAACUUUUAAAAUCAGUGUGAAUAUACAUCUAUGAAAAAUAGUUUUACUAGUUACCAACAUAUGUCAGUUUGUGGCUUCCUGUAAGCACGGAUCCUCUACACGAGGAUAAAUGACUCAUUUUGUACAAAACGCACGGAACGGAUUGUCUACAUGCGUGAUAUGCCAUGUCCGCGCAUAGAACAACGAAAAGAACAUGUAGAACAAUGUGUGCGCGCCAUGAAUCCCCAACAGCUAGUGCCGGCCUACAUGAAAUCUCAUUGAAACCCGUCAGUAGUUUGACUGCAGUCGUGUGCCGAGUCUCGCAUACGCGCACGCAUGAUGUGCAUGGGCCGCAUGUAACCAUGUAUCACACAUGUAACCAGAAAUUUGGGGAAGUCAUUUAUCCUUGUGUAGAGGAUCCGUGCUGUAACCUAGUACUUUUGAAAGGAAAACUUUCCUGGGUUUGGGUUCAUGGUGUAUUAAAGGAUUUUCCAGAGGCAGUUGUGGUACCGACUUGAGAGUUGGCAGAAUUUUCUCAGAGCAUCCCUCCCCCAAGACAAUAGGUGUUGUCAAACCUCGUGUCCAGCGCCUCAUGCUCGAGUUUCAUUAUUUUUAGGUCCAUGAUGUGGGAGAUACAGGUGGAGUAUCAGCUCCUAUCUCUUCUGCAGAUCAUCUUUUCAUUAUAUGUGGAUUUAUAAUUGUUAGAGUAUGAACAUUGGAUUUUAAGCACAAUGCACUUUAACCCUAACCUUCCCAAAUCUUCCCAAAUCCUCGUUGAAAAACGGAGGAUUUUGCAGGAUUAGGGUUGCAACCUAGCAAAAAAGGCUAGGGAGUUACGGUUAACAUUAUGGAAAGUCAAAGCUGGAGACACGUCCAAAGAUUGAAAAAAGCCUAUUGUCUGUAAUGUGACCUUUGACCCCAGCUUGCAUAAACUCUAUCCAUAACUUUUAAAUCUGUACCAUUUGAAAGGUAAAAAAUAAAACCAAUGUUAUUUGCAAUUUCUCAGUAUGUUUUAUUUGCAGACUUUAGAUUCCAAUUUCUGAUGUGGUGCAUAUUUUGGGUACCUUAUUUUUAACUGAAAAUUGGCACAAGUGUGACAUCUGGAUAAAUAUUCACAGUAAGAUACCAAAGCCUCAGGAAUAUGUUUCACAGAAGUUUUAAGGAUGAUGUAAUGAUCUGCAGCGAUGUAUUUUUAAUUUUGUCGAGUACCAGAACCACCCCUAAUGUACCAUGAAUGAAAAUUUAGCUGUUUUUUUUUUAAUUCCCAGACAUCUUAAGAUUAGUUAUAAAACCCUUAUUUUUAUCUUGCUACUAUUAAGAUAUAUGAUUGGACAGAUUUUCCCCCAUAACAAUCUCAUAGCCUUUGAGGCCAAGAAUAUCUUGGUGUAUUCUGUUAUAUUAGCAUCUUAUUUUCGUCAAUUCCCAACUUCAAUGAUAGCUUAUUAGAAACCUUUCCGUUCUUGGUUAUAAAUUAUUUAUUUUGGUGUUUUUUUUUUUGGCAUCAUGCAUACCGAUAUGUGAUUUCCAUACCAUUAAUAUGGAAAUUGUUUAACAAAUGCAAGACCAUAAUAUUGGAAAUGGCAUCCACAAUAAAACAAGUUUCCAAAAAU